AUGAAGGAAACAGAAGACUCUCUGCCACGUACCAACAGUGUGGACAUUGAACGAUCCGAUAAUGGAACUGAGAAACCUUUUUCUGUGAGAAUGAGAAAACAUUUUGCACAAGAAGUAAGCACAGAUCAUGCAGAUAUUCUCAUGUUGCUUUGUUGUCUCAUCACUGGGUUCUUGGAUAGCACGCUGUAUAAUGCCUUCAAGACCUUCGUUUCUAUGCAAACUGGUAACACAAUCUUCUUAGCUCUUGGCGCAUCAGGACAAAACAACCGACCUUUUGGUUGGGCACGAUCGCUCAUCUCCAUCGGUUUCUUCUGCAUUGGUUCCUUCGUCUUCUCGCGAUUCCACCGCUUCCUUAACCCCCUUCAACGAAGUACGCUCGUCGCUUCGUACCUCCUCCAGAGUUGUUGUAUCUUGCUGGCAGCCAGUCUGGUUCAAGGCGGUGUGAUUGAAGGCGCGGUACCGGCGGGAUUAAUUAAUUAUUGGAAUCAAAUUGCUGCAAUUGCUUUGUUGAGUUUCCAAGCCGCAGGCCAAAUCGUCUCAUCCCGCCUUUUGGGCGUGGGAGAAGUUCCUACUAUCGUCAUCACCUCUCUUCUGUGCGAUCUCUUAUCCGACCCAGCUCUAUUUGCUCGCCCAUCAGCAAACGUUAAGAGAAAUAGACGAGCAAUCGCUUUUACCUUGACACUCCUAGGCGCGAUUGUUGGCGGUUGGAUGGGUAAUUAUGAAUAG